AUGGAGGGCAUCAGCGUGCAGCAGUUGGUGAGUGGAGAAAGAGAAGGAAGGAAAGUGUUGGGAUGUGGACAUGGAAUUCCUGAUCCUGGAGGCUGGCCCGGAGACUGGAGGCUGGGACCCCAUGAGGCCGUGGCCCAGGAGAGGCAGAGACUGGAAGAGGAGAAGAGGAGGAGACUGGAGAGGUUUACGAGUUCCAGAAUUAACCUGGAGAACCUGGCUGACUUGGAAAACUUGGUUCAGAGACGAAGAGAAAAGCGAUUGAAACGCAGAGUCCCCCGCAGGGCACCUGAGCCCGUGGUUAAGCCCCAGGCCCAGGCCCAGGCCGAGCCCGUGGGCCUGGACACAUUCCUGAAGGCAGCCGCUGAGAACCAGGAGGCCCUGAUUGACAAGUACCUGGCGGACGGAGGGGACCCCAAUGCCCACGACAAGCUCCACCGCCGGGCCUUGCACUGGGCCUGCCUGAAGGGCCACGGCCGGCUGGUGAACAAGCUGCUGGAGGCCGGGGCCGCCGUGGACGCGCGGGACUUGCUGGACAGGACGCCCGUGUUCUGGGCCUGCCGGGGAGGCCACCUGGACGUCCUCAAGCAGCUGCUCAACCACGGCGCCCAGGUCAACGCGCGGGACAAGAUCUGGAGCACCCCCCUGCACGUGGCGGUGCGCACGGGGCACUGCGAGUGCCUGGAGCACCUCAUCGCGUGCGGGGCCCACAUCGACGCGCAGGACAAGGAAGGGGACACGGCCCUCCACGAGGCCGUGCGGCACGGCCACCACAGGGCCAUGAAGAUGCUGCUGGUCUACGGAGCCCGGCUGGGCGUGCGGAACCAGGCUUCGGCGACCCCCGUGCAGCUGGCCCGAGACUGGCAGCGGGCCAUCCGGGAGGCUCUGCAGGCCUACGAGGGGCAUCCCCGCAGCCGGUGCUGA